ACUGUGUCACAGGCAGAGCGUCUGCACCGCCUGAUGACGGGAUGGGGGCUGCGGUUGCGAAGCUUGGCCUGAGCCACAUCCUCCGACUCGUGACCGGCGAACGUCUCCACGCGCUCUGGCACCAUUCAGUGGUGAUGUUCCUAUAGAGUGCUAUAUUGAACGGCUACACACAAGUCCGUUUUGCUAGCGGCUAGUCCAGUUCUCCAGUACACGUGUGCGUGACUCAAACUAAAAUCUCUAAAUGCCAAGAAAAAGAGCCAAGAGAAUUGUUAGACAACCUGCUUCGCCACCUGGUGGAGAUGAUGAGGGAAGGCCAUUAGAUGAAGCCCGAGACGAUGCUUUGAAGGACCCAGAAGUGGAAAAAAGAGUUGCAGCUAUCAGAGCUAUUCGUGAUGUACAGAUUGAGCAUUUGCUGACUGAGUUACGUCUACUGCGCUCUUGUAUGACUGAGGAACGGAUGGGAAGUCCCGUGCUACAGUUUUUCACUGAAAAUCUUCCACAUCUGUCAUUUGAUCUGGACAGAGAAGAUGGGCAGUUCGAAGUCCACUGGGGGAAUAAAGAUGGAAAUUUAUGUCUGCACAACACUCAUGGAAAAACUUUACGUGCUUCACUUCUCCACGGAAUGUCCAUAACUCAUCCUGGAGACUCUGAUGCACUUCCAUACUUUGGUGGCUUUGAGUUUUCUGGCAAAGGGAAAGCAGGCCUUCUUAAUUCUGAAAAUUUGCAAGUUUUGGAUGAGCCACCAGACUCUCAGAUGCUUGGGCUGCCGGAUACUCUUAGAACCCCUACGCUGAGUAGCCAAAGGCUCUCCAUAGGGAUGACACCUAAAACCUUAAGGUUGCCUAAGCCUGGGGAGAUGCUUCUAUCUGUUCGUGGUUCUCCUCUCGGUCUCUACAAAGAAGAGAACAUGGAAGUGAUAAACGAAUCUGAUGAAGACUGACUUGUUCCAAAUCUGUCAGUAAUCAUGCCUUAAGAGCGGCAGCAAAAUGUCAAUUCAGUCUAAUUGCCACUGCUAUAAUAUAGAAGCUUUUGCCAUGAAAAGCGAAUCUGAGCUUCUUUUGAAAAUUGAAUUGCUGCUGCUUUUCUCCCUAAAAUCGAAAAUAGGUGCUGCAUAACUGCACUGUCUUGUAUCUGGGGAUGUAUAUUCUUGUUUUCCAUUUCAAUGGGUCAAGUAGAUUAUUGAGCUUCUUCUGUUACAUGCACCAUCAAAUGUUUCUGCUGCAUAGUGAACUUGGAGUUCGGAGGUCCAUUACUUUUGAUUGCCAAUCUCAACAAUCUUUUUCAAGCCUGAA